GGCUGUCGGCGUGUCCUGCGUGACAUCACGCUGGCCGCGGGGGUCGUGCGUGUGCGCGUCGCGUCGUCUUCACACGCACGCUGAACCUGCCCUUGACGCGCGGUAAGCGCGUUCACGUCGGUUCGACGUUGUUUUUUUCCCCAAUCGAUCGAUCGAUCGGCGCUAGCUCGCUAGCUAGCAUCCGUGGCUAACGUGCGUGAUUGACCUGUUACCCGCGCGUGCACACGCUCCCGCCUAAAUUGAGUGCGCGCGCACGAGGCUCGUCAGUUAGUUGAGAUGCUGGUUGAGUGACGUCACUGGACGCCCGACACAAGAUGUUCGCUGGCAGGUAAGCAGACAGGUGUGCACUAAAGAGGCGGCCAUGCAGCAAAAGUUGUGCUCCCGAGGCUCCGCCUCCUUUCUCUCCGAGUCCGCGCCGCCGCGUGACCUCUUCUUCUUAAGCUGCCCGCGCUGCGGCGAGCACGAGCGCUUCCACAGCAUGAACGCGCUGUACGCCCACCUGGAGUACCGACACGCCUACGCCACGGGCGGCGACGGCGGCUUCAGCAUCACCGGGAAACUCCCGCCGGACUCGCUGAGCGCCGCCGCCGCCGCGUCCUGGCAGGACAUGAGUCUGCCGGCCCGCGGGGGUCAGCGCGGCGCCGGGCGGCCGCCUCACGUGCGCUCGCUGAGCGACAGCCGGGACGGCGCCUUCGUGCUGCCCUACACCUCCGCCAGGAGGCGGACCCACAGUGUGGGCGUGGGCACGCAGGCGCAGGAGGAGGAAGUGGGCGGGGCCGAGGAGGAGGAGGAGGAGGACAUGUUCUCGGAGAAGUUGAACGCUCUGAAGACAGACCCUGACCUGGACUGCAACUGGGACCUGCCGGGUGAUCCCAGCUCAGGGCGGCGUGCUUCCUCCGGCUCAGAUGUGGCGGCGGCGGCCUCGGCCGCGGUGCGGCGGCGCCUGGCCGGCAUGCUGCGUGCCGCCGACGGCGGCGUGCAGCGGCGGCUGGCCCUGGUCAGCACGGAGCUGGCUCGCACCGACACGCAGCUGCUGUGCGAGCGCGCCCACUCGCGCAACCUGUCCCAGGAGAGACAGGAAGUGGCCGACAGGGAGCGCUCGCUCAGCCGGCAGGUGGACGUGGCGGUCAUGGUCAUCGCCGCGCUCAAGGAGCAGAUCAGCGCUUCAGAGAACGAGCUGGAGCGACGGGAGAGGCAGGUCAUCACCAUCCAGAAGUUUCUGGAGGCCGCCGCCCGCCAGGAGACCAGCGGCAAGGUGAGGAUCCAGUGCUUCAUCGAGAACCUGCUGAGACGCAUCGCCCUGGCCGAGAGGCUGCUGGAGUACUACCAGGUCAACAGCAGCCCGCCUCAGCGCCAUCAGUGCACGCAGCAGCAGCAGCCGAGUGAGCGCGGCCAUCACAGGAUGACAAAAAGCAGGUCAGCAGGAGGUCAGCUCUCCUCGUCCGGUCUCCACGGCAACACCACUCCUCCUCCUCUCCGGCGGCCGUCCGGAGGGCGAGACCCAGAGUGGGAGCAGCGUGAGCGUCUGGCCCGCUCGUCCAGGCUCUUCUGCCGGCCCGAACACCGAGACGACAUCUGGAACCAGCGGCGGCGGUCGGCAGGGUACGAGGCGUAGAAAUCACCUGCAGCGACGUUUGCAACAGAAGAUUGAAUGAGUUUGUAACAGGCUGUCCCGCAAGUCUAACACCGUUAUUAAGGAAAGACUUUUGUGUCCUUUUAUGCAACCCAAAAAAUGGAUUUGCAAACAAAAAAUAUUUGAAAUGCAAAUACUGUACAUAUGGUAAAUGGUAAAUGGGUUAUACUUGUAUGGCGCUUUUCUACCUUCAAGGUACUCAAAGCGCUUUGACACUAUUUCCAGCAAGAGCAAGGAUGUGUUGAGGUUGGUAGAAGGUGGGGAUUGAACCAGGAACCCGUCCCCCAUAUACUUUAUGUUCAAACAAAAAAAGGCCUUCGCUGCAAAUAUCUUUUUUUUUUUUUUUUCCCAAAAAAAUGGUUGUAACCAAAAUACCAUUUAUUUUUUGGGGUUAAAAAAUAUAUACAUAUUUAUUUUUUCAAAUCCAUUUUUUGUUUUAAAAUAUCUUGAUUUAAAAUCAACUUUUCUGAGUUGCAAAUUUGAUAAAAAGAUUUGCAACCAAAAAAAUAUAUUUGCAAAAAAUAUAUAUUUCAAAUGCAAAUUUAUGUGUUUAAACAUAAAAAGGCAUUUGCUGCAAAUA